UCUCUCUCUCUCUCCCCAACCUCUCGACUGCAACUCCGAAUCCUCCCCAAAUCUCUCUCCUCCCUCCCAAAACGUAACCCUAAAAUCCCAAUCCCAAAACCCUAACCCUAAACCUAGAUGUUUCCCAAGCGCAGAUUCUUCCCUCUUCUCCUCCUCUUUCUUACGGUCCUUUCUUUCUACUCUUACUCUCAAUCCUCUCUCCACCUCUUCCCCCUUCAUCAAUCCCACAUUUCCAAUUUUAGCCCCCCAAACCACCACAUUUCCAAUUCUACCCCUCGAAAUUCCCAAAUUCCCACUCUUAUCAUCAAGCUCCUCGCCUUCGACCGCCUCGCUUCCCUCUCCCGUUGUCUCCGCUCUGUCGCCGCCGCCGACUACGCCUCCGACCGGGUCCACCUCCACAUCUUCGUCGACCAUUUCAAGCCGCUUGAUCCCUCGGCUGGGCCCGAUGAGGUGGGCCGGAAGAUCGCCGAGUCCCGUGCCAUCCUGGCGUUCGUUGAUGCAUUCGUUUGGAAAUUUGGGGAGAAGGUGGUGCAUUACCGGACUGGGAAUGUCGGUCUGCAGGCCCAGUGGCUGGAGGCAUGGUGGCCUGCUUCGGAUGAGGAGUUUGCAUUUGUGGUGGAAGAUGAUCUGGAAGUCUCGCCGCUGUAUUACAGGUUCCUGAAGGGAUUGAUUCUGAAUUAUUAUUACAAUAAGGAGAAUUUCAGCCCGAUGGUUUAUGGGGCAUCACUGCAGCGGCCGCGGUUCGUCGCAGGUAAACAUGGGAACAAAUUGCAGUUGGAUGGUGAUACCCGCCUUUUCUUGUACCAUAUGGUGGGCACGUGGGGCCAGCUUCUCUUCCCAAAGCCCUGGAAAGAGUUUCGUCUGUGGUAUGAUGAACACAAGGCCAAGGAUAUCAAACCAAUUCUCCAAGGCAUGGUAACAACUGGAUGGUACAAAAAAAUGGGUGAGAGAAUCUGGACUCCGUGGUUCAUCAAAUUCAUACAUUCUCGUGGCUACUACAAUAUCUAUACCAACUUCUUGCAUGAAAGGGCUCUCAGCGUCUCUCAUCGGGAUGCGGGCGUGAACUAUGGAAAAACUGCUGGGCCAGACUCGGAAUUAAUAGAUGCAAGUUCUCUUGAUUUUAAUCUUUGGGAGAUGCAGCCGCUAAGAAACCUAAAAUGGUAUGAUUUCUGCUUCAGGGAAGUGCUUCCCAACAGAGUUGUGACGAGAUUCGACGAACUAGGGUCUGUUCUUAACUCAGUGCAGAAACAGAAAACCAUCAUGCUUGUGAGUUUAUAUCGGACCCCACCAAUGAUCACACGAAACUUGUUGUGCCAUUUUGAGAGGCUGAACAUUCAGAACUGUGUUUUCAUAGGCGUCGACUCGGAAUUUCUAUCGGAGCUUGCCAGUCGGGGACAUCCUGUGAUCGACGCGGCCCAGUUGAUCAAUGAUGUCAGGUCUAAAUUGAUGGGCAUUCAAGGAUCCAACACGGAACUGAUCAAAGAGAUUUUGGUUAAGGCCUUUGUGAUAAAACAAUGUCUAGAAUCUGGAUAUGAUUCGUGGGUGAUCGGUGGAAAUAUUCUUCCGAUCAGUGAAGCCUUCCCCGAGACAAUUGAUAAUUCCUAUGAUUUCUCUGCCACGAAGGAUGUGGAACUUCUGUUCAUCAGGAGCUCACGGGCUGCGGUGAAGAUUUGGGUGGACAGUUUCAUUCACAAGCUGGUGUCGACUGCGAAAUCUUUCAUGGUUGGUGAUUCUCUUGCUAGAGAUCACAUGCAUUUUGGGUAUUUCACUGCAAGAGCCUUGGAAGAGAAGGGUGCUAGGAUUAAGAGGAUUGAUGAGGUGCAGCACGGAUUGAAAGUGGGUGGGGCCCAUGUGAAUCAAACUUCUUUGGAGAGUGGGAAGAAGAUGGCCUUCUGGUCAUCUGAGAUGGGUCUGGAUUUGAUUCAAAGAAGGCUCAAAGACAUCGGGGUAUGGGUGAUAGAUGGGGACGAGGCAUGUACAGCUGUUGUGUGUCAUCAGUCGUAGCAUUUUUGGUGGAGAGGAGAUUUUUUUCCUGCUUUCUCACCAUUUUGUAGUUUGAGGUAUUGUACAAUGCUUGGCCGAAGGUUUGUUUGGUUCGUGCGGUCUUUUAGUCUGUACAAGUGGGGUCCAUGGCUGAGUGAUCCAAGCUGUUCGAAUGACAGUCCUUGCAGUGGAUGGCGGUUGGACCCAAAAUUCCCCAGAUUCAGAAAUGUUGCUGUGGAUCACGAUUUGAGUUAUUGUGAAUCAAUUCCAAGUUGAAGGAAGACUCGGGUAUUCAGUGAUCACUCUUGAACCUGACAGAUCUUUAGAAGAACUGAAAGUUUAUGGCCUCUUCUUGAUUGAAUUGGAACUCCUGCUGCGAUAGCCGUCUAUUUCUUGGCUGCUUGACUCAAUGGGAUCAGUGGACAACCAAUGAGGGGCAAUCAUAAUAAAAGUUUGCAAGUCUGUUUGAAGACAAAAGAGAGAAGAUUUCGGAAGACUCUACUUAGUAAAUGGCUCGAUUAUAUGUGCCGAUAGGGGAUUUUGGUACAAGGGCCAUUGAUGGUGUGGGCUAUCAAAUCAACAGUUUGCAGUUGAACCAUGGGCUCCACUUGUACAAACAGUCUGCCCGACUAUUGUAUAAUACCCCUUUUGUAGUUCACCUGUAUGAAUUAUUCAUAUUCUUUCCUCUUGGAAUGAAGCAUUGAGAAAUUUUUGGCUGA